AUGGUUCGCGUAUUCAUCACAGGUUCGACAGACGGCAUUGGCCAAGCGGCCGCAAAGCUCCUCGCAGAACAAGGCCACCACGUCGUUCUCCACGCCCGAAAUGCCGACCGCGCCGCUUCAGCCAAAGCGGCCAUUCCCAAUGCCGCAGCCGUCCUUGUCGGCAAUUUAUCAUCAAUUGACGAGACGAAGAAGCUCGCCAAAGACGCAAACAACGCUGGGCCAUUUGAUGUCGUCGUACACAACGCAGGCAUCGGCUAUGGCUCGACGGCAUCAAGGGAAAUGACUUCGGACAAGAUUUCAGCCGUGUUUGCUGUGAACACCCUCGCGCCUUACAUCCUCACAUGUCUCAUGGAUAAGCCAAAGAGCAGGCUCUUGUUCAUGAGAACGCCACACAACACCAAGCUUCAUGACACAAUGCUCGCAAAAGCAUUUGCACGACGCUGGACCGACAUCCAAGUUCUCAGCAUGCAUCCUGGCUGGGUAAAGACCAAAAUGGGAGGAAGCUCAGCACCAGUUCAGUUGAGCGAACCAGCCACAGCAUUGGCAAGCUGGGUCGCUGGAGAAGGAUCUCUGACAAAAAUUACAUCUGGUGCAUUCGUUACAACGAGUGGAGAGAGCAGACCUCAUCCUGGAGCGGAUAAUGUGAGCAAGCAGGAAGAGUUGCUCGAGAUAUGCAAGUCAGUUUCUGGCGUUGAGGUACCAGGAGAGUAG